CAUGUUCCUAGCCUGCAGCAUGUCCCUAGCCUGUAGCAUGUCCCUCGUAUGUAGCAUGUCCCUAGCCUGUAGCAUGUCCCUAGCCUGUAGCAUGUCCCUAGCCUGUAGCAUGUCCCUCGUAUGUAGCAUGUCCCUAGCCUGUAGCAUGUCCCUCGUAUGUAGCAUGUCCCUAGUCUGUAGCAUGUCCCUAGCCUGUAGCAUGUCCCUCGUAUGUAGCAUGUCCCUCGUAUGUAGCUUGUCCCUAGCCUGUAGCAUGUCCCUCGUAUGUAGCUUGUCCCUAGCCUGUAGCAUGUCCCUCGUAUGUAGCAUGUCCAUAGCCUGUAGCAUGUCCCUCGUAUGUAGCAUGUCCCUCGUAUGUAGCUUGUCCCUAGCCUGUAGCAUGUCCCUCGUAUGUAGCUUGUCCCUAGCCUGUAGCAUGUCCCUAGCCUGUAGCAUGUCCCUCGUAUGUAGCAUGUCCCUAGCCUGUAGCAUGUCCCUAGCCUGUAGCAUUUCCCUAGCCUGUAGCAUGUCCCUCGUAUGUAGCAUGUCCCUAGCCUGUAGCAUGUCCCUCGUAUGUAGCAUGUCCCUAGCCUGUAGCAUGUCCCUAGCCUGUAGCAUGUCCCUCGUAUGUAGCAUGUCCCUCGUAUGUAGCUUGUCCCUAGCCUGUAGCAUGUCCCUCGUAUGUAGCAUGUCCCUCGUAUGUAGCAUGUCCCUCGUAUGUAGCAUGUCCCUCGUAUGUAGCAUGUCCCUCGUAUGUAGCUUGUCCCUAGCCUGUAGCAUGUCCCUCGUAUGUAGCUUGUCCCUAGCCUGUAGCAUGUCCCUCGUAUGUAGCAUGUCCCUAGCCUGUAGCAUGUCCCUCGUAUGUAGCAUGUCCCUCGUAUGUAGCUUGUCCCUAGCCUGUAGCAUGUCCCUCGUAUGUAGCUUGUCCCUAGCCUGUAGCAUGUCCCUAGCCUGUAGCAUGUCCCUAGCCUGUAGCAUGUCCCUCGUAUGUAGCAUGUCCCUCGUAUGUAGCUUGUCCCUAGCCUGUAGCAUGUCCCUCGUAUGUAGCUUGUCCCUAGCCUGUAGCAUGUCCCUAGCCUGUAGCAUGUCCCUCGUAUGUAGCUUGUCCCUAGCCUGUAGCUUGUCCCUAGCCUGUAGCAUGUCCCUCGUAUGUAGCAUGUCCCUAGCCUGCAGCAUGUCCCUAGCCUGCAGCAUGUCCCUAGCCUGA